AUGUCUGCAUCCGAAGAUCUCGCACAAUGGAUGUCACAGUUUCAGAGUGAACUCGAUGACCCAUCGUAUCAAAUAAUUUAUGGAAGACUUACAGACAAUCAUUUCAAAACAAGAACUCAACUCAAGCUAAUUUUUGCGAAAGAAGUCGAUAUCAUGUUCAGUGCUGGGGAGCUACCUUUGGGUGCAAAAGCGCUAUUGCUUUACCAGUUGGACAAGCUAAGAAAUGAGUCGCCUCUUCCUUUGUGUCGGAAACGGACAAGAAUAAAUGAAAGCGAAAAUUCAAAAGGUAUUGAUGGAUUUGAUGAGUGCGACGCCGAUGAAGAAAAUUCACUACAGCCACCGAUCCAUACACCGACCGCACGCAAA